AUGACUCCCGAACACUUCGAUUCUGCGUCUACCUCCCCCUAUAGCGACUUUUCCCCAUCCAAUUCCCUCUUCAAGCGCUGUAAAACAUGUGCAACCACCGCCCCGACCUGUCCCACUUGCGAUGACGGGUACAUCUGUACGAUGACCAGCCCAAGCUGUGAUACGUGUGCGAGCACCAAAUGUGUUUCGAAUGGCAACACUUCCUCCCAGCCCAAGUCCAGUGGCCCCAAUAUCGGUGCCAUUGCCGGUGGUGUGGUCGGAGGUGUGAUUGCUCUCGCCGCCCUACUUUUCUUGAUUUGGUGGUUCGUCAUCCGUCCUCGACGCGACGAGCGCAAGUCUCAACAGGAAAAGAGCGAUACAUUCGCUGCCCAGCGAUCGGAGCGCAAGUCAACCCAGUCCAUCGCCUCGACCGUCCUCACCCGUGCCUCCAACGUCAUACAAAUCGCAUACAUUCCUGGUGUCACUAACCGAUCACCCCCGGAGACGCCUGCCUCGCUGGUACCUCCCGUCCCUCCACUGCCUGGCGCAACCCCCGAUCAGCACUUCUUCAUGCCCGGUGAUCUGCGUGACUCUUCUUGGACGGCCACCACAGGCCACCAGAGUAUCUCGCCCACCUUGCGAAGCAGUGUGGCCACUACAAUCUACCGCAAUGACGCCAUCGUCAGUGCUAUUCCCGCUCAGCAGAUCCAGCGUUCUCGGGCAAAUAUUGUCAGCGUACACAACGGCCCUGGCGGCCCCGGUGACAACACUUCGAUACAACCCGUUCCCGUCAUGAUUACUCCCAGGGAUGCGCCCGCGGUGCCUGCUAUCACCUCAUCGCAGCUCGCCAAGGCUGAGGCCAUGAAGGCUGGACCUGGCAGCUCGAUUGUGGCUCGCCAGGUGGUCGCUAAGCCGGUGAUGGUUCGCGGGCCCUCGGUGAAGAAGAAGGACGGCCAGUCCAGCACAGAAUCUAGCACGAAGGAAGUCAAGCUCAGCGCUGCGGACUCGGCAAACAGCAGUCGCCAAUUCGACCAUCAAACCUCGACCUUCGACGGCAACUCAUCAGAUGAAGAGGAAGAUGACACGCACCCUUCCACAUCGUCCAACUCGACGGGUGCAAAGGCAUCUGCCUCAGCCAAGGAAGACUCAACUUCCAAGAGCCCCUUUUCCGACUCGGCCAGCACCAGCAACACAGCGUCGGCAAAUCUUCAACGAAACUCUCUUCAUGCCAGUCAAAUACCGCCACCGCGUGUAUCAAGUCCAUUCUCAGACGCGAAUGAAGUUUUGUGA